GGGAUUCUCGGUCGAACCAUUUUUCAGUGGAAUUCGAAGACUUAUGUACGUGCGGAUUUCGUGAGGCCACGGCCAGUGCGGAAAUUAAAGCUCACACAAGGGCAAACAAAAGGAGCCCCCCGCCCCCAAACACACACCCACGCAUACUAUCGCAGACUCACCCACACACAGCAACGUCACGAUGACUGCGCCGCGUCGCCUGCGAAAAGAAUUGAGUGAUUUGCAGGAGAACACACUGAAGGCCUUCAGGGACAUCAAGGCGGACGAUGACAACCUGCUGCGCUGGACGGGAUUGAUUGUGCCGGACAAUCCGCCGUACAACAAGGGCGCCUUCCGCAUCGAGAUCAACUUCCCGGCUGAGUACCCCUUCAAGCCGCCCAAGAUCAACUUCAAGACGCGGAUCUAUCAUCCCAAUAUCGACGAGAAGGGCCAGGUGUGCCUGCCCAUCAUCAGCACGGAGAACUGGAAGCCGGCCACGCGCACCGACCAGGUGGUGCAGGCCCUGGUGGACCUGAUCAACGACCCCGAGCCAGAGCAUCCGCUUCGGGCGGAGCUGGCCGAGGAGUUCCUCAAGGAUCGCAAGAAGUUCGUGAAGAACGCCGAGGACUACACCAAGAAGCACAGCGAAAAGCGUCCGGCGGACUAGCGGAUGGGCGACGGAGGAGGAGGUGGGGAGACCCAGAAUCCAAGUACACCCUCGCCACCUUAGUCUUGUGAUUUUCAGUUAGUUAUUUAAUUUCCAUUUUCGAUCCCCCAAAAACUUCCUUCUGAAAUCUUGUAAGCGUAUUUCCCCGGCAGAGUACCUAGUUUUGUAAAAGUAGCACUGUAAUUUUAUGCAAGUGAGAAAUACAUGUUCGUUAUGUUAAAACACA